AAAACAACAAGGAUUUUCCUUAUUUUCAAUUCUCUAAUCUCCCAAAAAGAAUUUGAGAACAAAGAUAACAGUCAUCCUCUGUUGGUGUCUUCUUCAACAAUUUUUCAUAUUCUUCUGUUGCUGCUUUGUGUUGUUCCUUAUCUCUCUCAGACAUGAAGAUCCCUGCGGCUCUUGUCUUUAUCCCUGUUGGUGUCCUCUUCUUGAUCUCAGGGCUCAUCGUCAACAUCAUUCAGCUUGUGUUCUUCAUCAUUGUUCGUCCAUUCUCAAGAAGUUUGUAUAGAAGAAUAAACAAAAAUGUUGCGGAAUUACUUUGGUUGCAGCUCAUAUGGUUGUUUGAUUGGUGGGCUUGUAUAAAGAUCAAUUUAUACGUCGAUGCAGAGACUCUAGAGUUAAUUGGGAAAGAACACGCACUUGUCUUAAGCAAUCAUCGAAGUGACAUUGAUUGGCUUAUUGGAUGGGUCAUGGCUCAGCGUGUAGGUUGUCUUGGAAGCUCAUUAGCCAUCAUGAAGAAAGAAGCCAAGUAUCUUCCAAUCAUAGGUUGGUCGAUGUGGUUUUCGGAUUACAUUUUCUUGGAAAGAAGUUGGGCUAAAGAUGAGAAUACCCUCAAGGCAGGUUUUAAACGACUUGAAGACUUUCCAAUGACAUUUUGGUUAGCUCUUUUCGUUGAAGGAACUCGUUUCACUCAGGAGAAGCUUGAAGCUGCUCAAGAGUACGCCUCUAUCAGAAGCUUACCGUCUCCUCGAAAUGUUUUGAUUCCUCGUACAAAGGGAUUUGUUUCGGCAGUGUCUGAAAUACGGUCAUUUGUUCCUGCAAUAUAUGACUGUACCUUAACCGUUCAUAACAAUCAGCCUACACCAACUCUGCUUAGGAUGUUCAGUGGACAAUCAUCUGAGAUAAAUUUGCAGAUGAGACGUCACAAAAUGAGUGAGUUGCCAGAAACCGAUGAUGGCAUUGCACAAUGGUGCCAAGAUCUAUUUAUCACCAAGGAUGCUCAACUUGAGAAAUACUUCACAAAAGACGUUUUCAGCGACUUGGAAGUUCACCAAAUUAACCGGCCAAUCAAGCCAUUAAUCGUGGUCAUCAUUUGGUUAGGUUUCCUUGUAUUCGGUGGUUUCAAGCUACUGCAAUGGCUUUCAAUAGUGGCCUCGUGGAAGAUCAUUCUUUUGUUUGUGUUCUUCUUGGUCAUUGCAACUAUAACAAUGCAAAUACUAAUUCAAUCGUCUGAGUCACAACGUUCAACUCCAGCCAAGAGACCUCUACAAGAACAGCUUAUUUCUGCUUAGGACAAAAGAAAACUCUAUUUAAGCCACAUAUUUUACACUGCAUUGUUCCUUCACUCAAAUGUAAACAUAAUUGUUUUUGUUAGUGUGUAAUAUGUGUAAUAAAUGUUAAUCUAGUUUGAUCAUUUAGUCUUGUUGUCUAACAAUUGCAACCACAUUUCAUUGUCAAAUCUAUGUAUAAUUUUAUGUUUCCAAACUGUUAUUAUUUCAAAUAACCAUGAAAUUUAAUUUUGUGAACUUUCGA